AGCAGUACCAGUCACACUUCAUCCGUUUUCUCUGUCUCACUCACUCCUGCUUCCUCUUUCACUCCCUUUCUCUCUCCCUUGACUGCUAUCCUGGCGCUUCUCUCCAAAAGGAGCAAGCAAGCUAGCUGUGCUCUUUAGUGUUGGUGUCCACACUGGCCUCCUUUAGCCCGCUCUGAGGUGAACAAGAAAUAAACCACAUCAAAGACGAGGUGAUUGGGUGGUGAUACCAGAGGCGGAAGCUAGUCAAAAUGCUUCAGGACAUUGGUGCUAGAGCCAUGGGGGUUUAUGAGUAUCUCUUGAAGGGAACAGACCCGCGACUAUGGAGUUACCCACUCAUGGGGAGUCCGGUGAACAUGUCGGCCAUCUUGCUGACCUACAUCUUCUUCGUGCUGGUUGCUGGGCCUCGCUUCAUGGCCAACCGCAAGCCCUUCCAACUCAAGGAGGCCAUGAUCACUUACAACUUCUCCAUGGUGGCAUUGAACGCCUUUAUUGUCUAUGAGUUCAUGAUGUCAGGCUGGGCCACGACAUACACAUGGAGAUGUGACGCCGUUGAUUACUCGGACAGCCCCCAAGGCCUUAGAAUGGUUCGAGUGGCCUGGUUAUUCUUGUUCUCCAAAUUCAUUGAGCUCUUGGACACGGUGUUUUUCGUUCUGAGGAAGAAACAUGGCCAAAUCACCUUCCUGCACGUCUUCCACCACUCUUUCAUGCCCUGGACCUGGUGGUGGGGUGUCAGUUUAGCUCCCGGGGGAAUAGGCUCUUUCCAUGCCAUGGUGAAUUGCAUCGUCCACGUCAUCAUGUACUCUUACUACGGCCUGUCUGCGGCUGGACCACGCUUCCAAAAGUUCCUCUGGUGGAAGAAGUACAUGACCGCCAUCCAACUGGUUCAGUUUGUGAUGGUGUCCCUCCACGUCACCCAGUAUUACUUCAUGGACAGCUGUGACUACCAGGUCCCCCUGUUCAUCCACCUCAUCUGGAUGUAUGGUACCUUCUUCUUCGUGCUCUUCUCCAACUUCUGGUACCAGGCAUAUGUGAAGGGAAAGCGGUUGCCUAAGCAGGACUCCAAGCCUGGCCUCAACGGCAAGGCCAACGGGACCACCAUGGUCGCCAAUGGCAAGCACCACAAGAAAGGUAACAGUAAUGGCACAAGCAACGGUUCCAGUCACCACGAAAAUGGCAGUGCCCAUGCGGGCAAGAUGAAGAAGUCCUAGGGUCUUCAGAAAAGAACAUCCGAGAUGCGUGAAUACGAGAUCCCGCACAAACUACUGUGGAUUCCAAAGAAUGUUUUGGUUAUGUUUAUUUUCUGAUCGUUUUUAGUUUUAUUCAGCACAAAAAGCUGGGGAAAUGACGAGGUCAAUGACUUCUGCGGUUGGGGUCCCACAUUUCGUUUAUUUUUUAUUUUUUAAACUGAUCUUACUAUGGAACACAAUUUAUGAAGAGACAUGCUAUGACCUGAUGUUAUCUCUUUACUGAUGUUGCCACCUAUGAUAAAGAUGAGCAAUAAUGACUAUAUAAAAUAAAUAAUAAAAAUACUGAGCUAUAUUGUAUAAAAAAAAUGGGAAAUUAUAUUAUUUUAUACUAAAAGAAAGAUUUUGUUUAACAAGUAAUACUCUUUUUUUUUCUAAAAAAAGGUAAGGUUCAAAAUUGACACCUCUAAAGAUUAUUGUAAAUAAAGUAGUCAAAAGUUUAGAAUUUGGUCCCAUAUUCCUAGCACACAAUGACCACAUCAAGCUUGUGACUCUACAAACAUGUUGGCUGGAUUUGCAGUUUUUGAUUGUGUGUCAGAUUAUUUUGUGCCCAAUAGAAAGGAAUGGUAAAUAA